AUGAACUGCGAGGUCUUCUCGCUCGCGCCCCUGCGCUGCGAGGCGUUCCAGGCCAAGGAGACGCUCCGGGCGGUGCUCCACACCAUCCUCUUCGCCAGAACCCUCGGCGUCGUUCGCGCGCGCGACGUCGACAGCGAGCUCUUCGACCUCACCUACACGACGUGCGGAGAUCCCGCGGUGGAACGUCACGUCGAGGAGAGGCUCGACGCCCUCGUGCGCUGGCUCGCCAAGCAGGACCGCGCGGACGAUACCGUCGCGCAGGUGUGCCUCAGCUUCUACGAGACCAAGGACAAGCGCGGCGGAGGGUGGUUCGGCGGCGGCGACGAGCGCGUGUACUGGGAGCAGUGGAGGGUCCCCAUCGAGGUGGUCGGCGGCGAUGAGGCGCUCAUGAACGUCGCCGACAGGGAGGCCAAAUCCGCCGAGCUUCAGCAAACCAUCGUCGCAGCCACGCAACACGUCCUCGGGCUGGUCAACGAGCGCAAGGACCACAUACCGCCGGUGGUGUCCGCCGACGUCGUGUCGUUCCCGUACGAGAUAUCGCUUCCGGGGGAGACGGAAGGGGCGCUGCUCGGAUCGUUGCGACGGAUGCUGACGCACGCCUCCCCGCCGACGCUCGUGUGA